AUGCCAGUAGACCUGUACCUUGCGAAACCAGAUGAAGGCGUCAAAAAGCUCAAUGAGCUUGCGACCGAGCGAGUCAAGGUCGGAAAGCCAGCGCAGGAGAUAGUCACGUGGCUUGAAAAGCUGUGGAAAGCAGCUGAAGAAAACAGACUCGCAAACGAUGAAGAGAAAGAGUACAUUUUCAAGUUUGCGUUGCUCGAAACUAUGGUCAACUUUCGAAGAUCAACAGCCUACAAAACCAACAAGAAAUUUCACGAUGAGAAAUCUUACAUGAAACGACUCAUUCCAGUUCUUGAAAGGGUUGAAGAACUUAAACAGAUCCUCGAGAGUAGAUACAAUCAUAUUCUUGAAGAAAAAGUCCGGCUUGAAUCUAUCAAAGACGAAAAAGAACGCAAAGAUCGCCAGGCAAAGAAAGAAGAGGAAGAGCAGCUUUCAAAAAGUCUCGAUGAAAUCAUCAACAAAACUCCUACGGGAAUAGUGCCUAAGGAUCUCGUCGCGUUAGUCAAAGAUCACGGCGAACAGAUGUACAAAGCUGGAGGCAUUAUGAUCCUAGAUAUUCGCUCAAGAGAAGCUUUCAAUAGAAAUCGAAUCGCUUUUCUUCCCAAAUGGCCGCACCACCCCGCUCUUAUACACGUUCCAAUUGAAAAUGUCUCCAACGAUCAAAGCAUCGGCCCUCAGCUCACAAAUGGCUCUCUGAAACCUCCCAACAAUCCAUUCCCCUUUGAGCAUCGUCACCAAUGUCGACUCAUCAUUCUUCUCUCUGAAAGAUCUUCCACGACUGAUUUGCUGGUCAAACAAAAUCCUAUUCUCAACACUUUCAAAGCUCUGACUGAAUUUGACAGUCCAAAGCAAAUUUCAAAGGAUAGGAUCCGCGUCCUUGAUGGUGGACUUUACGAAUGGCGCUCGUUGUAUAAUUUUAUGAUGAGCGAUCCUACAGAAGAAGUCCCAAAGGCGAAUUUCCGCGAGUCUGAUAUCCUUCGAUCAGCGGAUGAGGUCAACUAUGACUCUGUAGCAGAGAUUCUCGACCCGAAGCCGAAGCCCAAACCUAAACCCACUCCGCCUCCUCCAGCCAAACCUAUCGAGCCACAACCUAAGCCGCUAAAAGAACCGACUCCACCUGCAGCACAAGAAGAAAUUCCGUCUGUGCUAGAGCAAAACCCCGACCUCAAGGAUAAACUCGAUCGACUGGCGCUUCUUGAAGCUGAAGAGCUAAAACGACGAAGAACGCCAUUGAGGGAAGCACCAGCAGUACCUAACCAGGCAAAAAGCAAGGAGGAGGAAGAGAUUGAGAAGCUCCGCGCUCAAAUCGCAGCACUAGAAGCAAAGAAUCGAGCGCACGAACUCGACGAUCUCAGGAAGAAAAAGACAACCGACAAAGCUCCUAAGAAGACUCAAAGCAGUACCAACUCCAGUACCAAAGACGCAACCCCGGCGCGACCAACCGCACCAAAGCCUCAGAAAAACAACAAAGAAGCUCCAACGAAAAAAGCGGAAGCUGAAACAAAACAAGCAGAAGUCAAACAAAGUCCGCCGAAGAGAAAUUCAACAGAAGAACGCGUCACACAACAAGCUGAGCUGAACCUGCCAGAUGGAACCGAGCGCAAGUACGAUCCAAACACAAACAGAUUCUACUAUCUCAAUCACAAGGAUAAAACAACCAGCUGGUCUCUCCCUGACGGAGCUGAACUUGACAGAGGCUCUAAACCGGCGCGAAAGAGCAUCAAGCAAAUUAACGAUUUCGAGCUUCUUAUGCCCGUUCAUGGCUCCGUCGAGAGAGGCUUUACUGGACUCAAGAAUCUUGGCAACACCUGUUACAUGAAUUCAAUCAUCCAAUCCCUUGGAAGCCUCGCUCCUCUUGUCGAAAAGUUCCUUACGGAUAGAUACAGAAGCGACAUCAACAAGACCAACUUUCUCGGACACAAAGGGCUCAUUGCUGAAAAUUUUGCUGUAGUUGCGAAAGGUCUAUGGCACGGUGGUUUCAAAAACUUCAAGCCGCAAAUGUUCAAGAAUGCGCUGGCCACUUGCAAUCCAAUUUUUGGCAAUUAUAAGCAGCAGGAUGCUCAAGAAUUGUUGAUUUUUCUUCUUGAUGGCCUCCAUGAAGACUUGAAUAAAGUCAAGGAGCGCCGUUAUAUUGAAGAAAAGGAUGCAGAUGGUAGGCCCGAUCAAACUGUAGCUGAUGAAUCCUGGGAGAAUCAUACGAGACUGAAUAAAUCUAUGAUUGUUGACCUUUUCCAAGGUCAAUUCAAAGCAACGAUAAAAUGCUUAUCGUGCAAGUUCACGUCCGUCAAGUUCGAUGCCUUCAUGUUCCUCUCUUUACCGAUCCCUGCAACGGGAAAGGCGACCCUUGAAAACUGUCUGAAUCUAUUCCAGCAGACGGAAAAAUUGACAGGCAACGAUCGCUGGACAUGCCCUAAGACGAACAUCACCUAUCCAACCAAAGGCUUCGAUCUAAAACCACAGACCCUCGGGAAGAAGAAACAACCGCCGUAUAACCUUAUCGCGGUUACUCAUCAUAUUGGUGCUUCUACCGAUUCUGGACAUUAUGUUGCUUCAUGCAGACGCGCCAAAGGCUGGGUCAAAGCUGAUGAUGCGGAAGUCACAAGCAUACUAGAAAGCAAAGCGAUCAGUCCUACCGCGUACAUUCUAUUCUAUUCUUCAAAACCGUAUGAUUCUGAUCCAAACGGAGAAAUCCGGGCUGGAAAUGAAAGGGCUGAACGGCGUCAAACCGGAGAUUCUCAAGAACUUCGAAAUUUCCAGCCAGAAUGUUAUUCAACCCCUUCCACCGAUCGAAAAAAUACCGACCCUGAAGACUUCCCUGAUCAAUACUGGCCGAGUUCUUCAAAAAAUGAAAACGCGGAGGGCCAGGUUAGGAAGAAAACGUUUGAAGAAAAGAUCAAAGAAGAAAUUGACGGCAUCGUGAAUUCUAAAAUAAAAGACGAAGCUCAAUCUCCAAGAAAACUCGAUCCUUUGCCCCCUUUCAAUCUUCAUAUUUCGGAGAAUAUCUCCGUAGGCCCGGGGCAGACAGUGACGGACCCUGCGUUUGCGUACACAAAGAAGGAAGCUCUUACUUCUUACAAGAAAAUACACAAGGCAGUUGCGCCAAAAUCGUGGAAAGUUCCAAAAGAAGAGAAGCCAGUCUCGUUGCUAAAAGAACUUUGCCCAGAAACAGAAAUCCUGAAAUUCGGAGAGCACCAAGAACUCCUGCUAGAGAUUCUGAAACACUACAGAGAAUACCUAGGCCAUCUCGACACUAAAAUCGCAUCACUCGAUGAUUUACCAGAACCUGUCCCGAUCACAGUAAAUGUCAGAGAAGAAAAACGACUUCACGAUCAAGCGAUUCAAAGCGGAAAAGAAAAACAAGAAUAUAUCGCGGCACCUUUGCCUCCGCCACCAAAGCCUGAAGAAAUUAUCAAAACAGAAUACAUAGACCCAGAAUAUCAUGAACUACCAAAGUCAAUCGUCGACCUCGGCGUUCAAGUCCAAGAUCAGAUCAAUCGACUUGCUGACCUCGAUUCUGAAACAAGCAAGAUCAAACCAUGGUACAACAAGCUCGAAAAAACCCUUCUCGAUGAAGAAAAACUACUUCGCAUAAAACUAUCAAAUCUAAAGGAGAAAAACGACCUUUUUGAGAGCCAAGAAGAGCUGAAAGAGCUCAGCGACGAAUUCUCGAAGGAAGCAUAUUAA